UUACUAGUGCUUUAUGAAUUUGUGUGUUCUUAUUUUGGUUUUGUUAUAUGCCAUCCUCUUUUCAUUUUGUUAUUUUGUUGUACUUAAUUUGAUUCGUCGUCGGAUUUUAUCAUUUUAACUUAUAGAUUCAAUAAUCAUAAUCAUUCAUUUAUUUGUGGUGUGUGUUUGAAGUGCAACUUGUAAAACAAAGAGGUUCAUGUCAUGGAAUUUGUUUUUUAUGCUUCUAUGAGCAUAGAUUUUGAACUAUAUCAAUUUUGUGUUAGAACUUCUUAGUUCAUCAGUAAUUGAUUUUUGAAGCUUAGUAUAUGCUUGAUCAUAUUUAUGAUUAUUAUAAGCGAUUACGGUGAAUAUUGUCCUAUUAGUUGUGAUAGUCAUACAACAAAUGGGUUUCUGGGUUUCUUGAACCUUUUGUUUGUUUACACUGCAUGUCGAGCAUGUGGAUCUGUAACCGCUUAUAGAGUGUCAAACUGUGAAUAAAUUCUGCUAUUGUGUCUUACAGCUCUGAAUGUGCCUGCAAGAACUUGAAUCUUGAGGAAGGCAUGUUGGUGUGAGUGCAGUCUUGGAUCAUGGUCUGGGGGAAUUGUUUUUCAUAUUGUGGGUAUUUUUGUUUGUGGGAGAUUCAUGGGAAUCGUAUAUGAUGUGUGAACUCGUGGGUUGCUGCAUCAAUGAAUAUCGGUUGCUGGGCCUCAUUUUGUUGUAUUGCCUAUGAUUGUGGUAUUUGUCUGAAUUUUUAUGGGAUUGAUGAUUAGAUUAUCGGGUUCAUAUCAAAUAAGAGUUCAUUGAAAUGCCAAUCAAAACUGGAAGUUUGAAUGGGAUUUAUUCUUAAGAAUUUCGGGGCACAUGACGUGGUGCAAGCAUUGUGGGGAACUUAACACCACUGACAGUAUCAUUUUGGUUAUUUUGAAUUGCAACCAACAGUAAGGAUGGUUUACUUGAGAUGCUGCUGGAAGAUGGAAAAUUUGGUUAUCAAUUGCAAGAUGGUGGAAAUUCAGUUCGGUUAAGGGGUACUGAAUUUACUAUGUGGGAUAUAGAAUGCGUGCAGGUUCUGCUUCUCCUGUACACCGCAGGGAUGCAGAUCAUCGAUACAGUUCUGAGUAUGAUCAUUCAGGUGGUCCCCUACGCGGUCGUGAGUUUGGCAGUGCGCGGGAUUCCGGUAGAUAUCGAGACAACUCACCUCAUUAUGCUAGAGGAAGGGGUGCUGGCAGACCAUUCAGUAGAGGUUUAGAUGGGCCAGGGCCUGGCCCUGGGCCAUUCAGAGGUGAAGGGAGUAGAAAUAAUCCAAAUGUGCGCCAAAGGCUUGGAGACUGGAUUUGUCCAGAUCCUUUAUGUGGCAACCUGAACUUUGCAAGGCGAGAGUACUGCAACAACUGCAACAAGUUCCGCUACGGACCUGGGGGAAGUCCUCGAAGAGGUUAUCCCGGCCCACCACCUCCCGGUGGUCCUCCUAGACGCUUCCCUGGUCCUCCAGUUGAUCCUCCACUUGGAAGGAGCUUGAAUGGUGGCUAUAGGUCUCCACCUCGUGGCUGGGCUAGAGAUGGCCCUAGAGAUUUUGGCGCUGGGAUGCCACCUCCAAGGCAUGAAGGCAGGUUUCCUGACCAUCAGAUGCGAAGAGAUCGGUUGGAUUACUCGGACAACCAUAGAGGAAGAGCCAAGUUUGAUCGGCCAAUGCCCAUGGAUUGGGGUAAUAGGGAUCGCGGAAGGGAUAGCUUCUUUAAUGAACGGAAAGCAUUCGAAAGGCGACUGCCCUCUCCUCCUUCACCACCACCACCACCGGCCCACCGUGGCCGAUGGGCACAUGAUGUUAGAGAGAGAAGCCGGUCCCCAUUAAGGGGUGGCCCACCGCCAAAAGAUUAUAACCGGCCUAUGUACAUGGAUCGAGGACGAGAUGAUCGUCGCGGCAUGGGGCGAGGCCGAAUUGGAGAUGCAUAUUAACAAUAGGCCAGGGCAUGUUUUGCUGGUGUAAUUUUGUCUCGAGUAGAUAUCUGUUUCUCAUCUAGAGUGUAUGGAAGAGUGCGCAUAGCUUAGUCCUAAUUUUAAGAUUUCGUUUUUGAAUUGGUUUCUGUGACUUUGAACAGGUUAUAUGCUCUCUCUUCUGUCAAUGUUUCUUGGGUGACGUUUGUCUAUAUGAUGGAUAUUUCGCUGCUAUUCUUGCUCUGUAUUUUAGUACUUGAAAUCAGUUGAA